AUGACGAAGCACAUAGUGGUCGAAGUAGACCAACAACCCACAGUCCAAACCCUCGGUACCCCAGACCCACAGUUCAAACCCUCGGUACCCCAGACCCACAGUCCAAACCCUCGGUACGCCAGACCCUCAGUUCAAACCCUCGGUACCCCAGACCCACAGUCCAAACCCUCGGUACCCCAGACCCACAGUUCAAACCCUCGGUACCCCAGACCCACAGUUCAAACCCUCGGUACCCCAGACCCACAGUCCAAACCCUCGGUACGCCAGACCCUCAGUUCAAACCCUCGGUACCCUAGACCCACAGUCCAAACCCUCGGUACACCAGACCCACAGUUCAAACCCUCGGUACCCCAGACCCACAGUCCAAACCCUCGGUACGCCAGACCCACAGUUCAAACCCUCGGUACCCCAGACCCACAGUCCAAACCCUCGGUACCCCAGACCCACAGUUCAAACCCUCGGUACCCCAGACCCACAGUCCAAACCCUCGGUACCCCAGACCCACAGUUCAAACCCUCGGUACCCCAGACCCACAGUCCAAACCCUCGGUACCCCAGACCCACAGUUCAAACCCUCGGUACCCCAGACCCACAGUCCAAACCCUCGGUACCCCAGACCCACAGUCCAAACCCUCGGUACCCCAGACCCACAGUUCAAACCCUCGGUACCCCAGACCCACAGUCCAAACCCUCGGUACCCCAGACCCACAGUUCAAACCCUCGGUACCCCAGACCCACAGUUCAAACCCUCGGUACGCCAGACCCUCAGUUCAAACCCUCGGUACCCCAGACCCACAGUCCAAACCCUCGGUACGCCAGACCCUCAGUUCAAACCCUCGGUACCCUAGACCCACAGUUCAAACCCUCGGUACCCCAGACCCACAGUUCAAACUCUCGGUACCCUAGACCCACAGUUCAAACCCUCGGUACCCCAGACCCACAGUCCAAACCCUCGGUACCCCAGACCCACAGUUCAAACCCUCGGUACGCCAGACCCACAGUUCAAACCCUCGGUACCCCAGACCCACAGUUCAAACCCUCGGUACGCCAGACCCUCAGUUCAAACCCUCGGUACCCCAGACCCACAGUUCAAACCCUCGGUACCCCAGACCCUCAGUUCAAACCCUCGGUACCCCAGACCCACAGUCCAAACCCUCGGUACCCCAGACCCCCAGUUCAAACCCUCGGUACCCCAGACCCCCAGUUCAAACCCUCGGUACCCCAGACCCACAGUCCAAACCCUCGGUACGCCAGACCCUCAGUUCAAACCCUCGGUACCCUAGACCCACAGUUCAAACCCUCGGUACCCCAGACCCACAGUUCAAACCCUCGGUACCCUAGACCCACAGUUCAAACCCUCGGUACCCCAGACCCACAGUCCAUACCCUCGGUACCCCAGACCCACAGUUCAAACUCUCGGUACGCCAGACCCACAGUUCAAAUCCUCGGUACCCCAGACCCACAGUUCAAACCCUCGGUACCCCAGACCCACAGUCCAAACCCUCGGUACGCCAGACCCACAGUUCAAACCCUCGGUACCCCAGACCCACAGUUCAAACCCUCGGUACCCCAGACCCACAGUCCAAACCCUCGGUACGCCAGACCCACAGUUCAAAUCCUCGGUGCCCCAGACCCACAGUUCAAACCCUCGGUACCCCAGACCCACAGUCCAAACCCUCGGUACCCCAGACCCACAGUCCAAACCCUCGGUACGCCAGACCCACAGUUCAAAUCCUCGGUGCCCCAGACCCACAGUUCAAACCCUCGGUACCCCAGACCCACAGUCCAAACCCUCGGUACCCCAGACCCACAGUUCAAAUCCUCGGUGCCCCAGACCCACAGUUCAAACCCUCGGUACCCCAGACCCACAGUUCAAACCCUCGGUACCCCAGACCCACAGUCCAAACCCUCGGUACCCCAGACCCUCAGUUCAAACCCUCGGUACCCCAGACCCACAGUCCAAACCCUCGGUACCCCAGACCCACAGUUCAAACCCUCGGUACCCCAGACCCACAGUUCAAACCCUCGGUACCCCAGACCCACAGUUCAAACCCUCGGUACCCCAGACCCACAGUCCAAACCCUCGGUACGCCAGACCCACAGUUCAAAUCCUCGGUGCCCCAGACCCACAGUUCAAACCCUCGGUACCCCAGACCCACAGUUCAAACCCUCGGUACCCCAGACCCACAGUCCAAACCCUCGGUACCCCAGACCCACAGUUCAAAUCCUCGGUGCCCCAGACCCACAGUUCAAACCCUCGGUACCCCAGACCCACAGUUCAAACCCUCGGUACCCCAGACCCACAGUCCAAACCCUCGGUACCCCAGACCCACAGUUCAAAUCCUCGGUGCCCCAGACCCACAGUUCAAACCCUCGGUACCCCAGACCCACAGUUCAAACCCUCGGUACCCCAGGAGCUGGGGGUCUGGUGGAACCAGGAACACCUCACAUUGAUUGUCUGGUUAUGUUUGGGAAUUUUCCUUGA